AUGCGGCUGUUAGCUACUCGAGCUGCAUUUGCGGCAGCUUUCCUCGCGUCGCUUGCUAUUGCGCACGGCGACGAUGAAUCGACGGACAUGGGCAUGGACAUGGGAAUGAGCAUGGAUACGCAUGCGCCCCCCAGCACAGCUUCGCCGACACCGUUCGCCACGCCAACUCCCUACAGCGAAGGUCCCAUGAGCUACUUCUCCUAUGGCAAGCACUCCAGCACCAUCAUGGCGCACAUUGCGCUCAUGAUCCUGGGCUGGUGCUUUGUUCUUCCUGCAGCGGUCAUGUUCAGCAUUGCGCGCUCGCGACUUGCACUUCCGUCGCAAUUCUUGUUCCUCGUCUUUAAUGCCUUUGGUCUGCUCUUCGGAACCAUUUACAACAGCCAGACACCCGAUCUGUACGAGAACAAUGUUCACCACAAGAUUGGCUGGAUCGUGACGUGGGUCAUCAGCGUGCAGGUCAUCCUGGCCUUGAUUUUUGCGUAUGCCGGCCGUGGUAAUUCAAAGUCGCCGUCGACCUCCUUUGAGCGCGCCGCGUUCCUGCCCGUCGCGACGAACGAGCACGAGAGCCCCUACCCGACUGGUGCGAUGCAUGAGUACCGCUGGUCCCGCGACAGCGGCCAGGGAACCGAGCCCGGAUCGUCCAUCCACAGUCCUGGAUCACCCUCCUGCGAGUCGCAAGCCGAGUAUGAAGGUUUCGAGAAGCCUGAGGAGCUGUCCCCGAAGCCUUCCCUCCCGCGCGGCUGGUUCCACAGCUCCAUUGUCGAUCGAUUUCUUUCGAAACGCGUGCCGGGGAUGGUCUCGAGCCGUGUCCUGCGCAUUUUUAACAGCGCGUACGAUGUGAUUGAUCGGAUUAUUCUGCCGUUUGGCUUCAUCGCCAUUGUAUCUGGCGGGGUCACUUACGGUGGUAUUUUCCGGGGCCGUGACAUUUUCAACGGCCUGGCGCAUUUCAUCAAGGGUGGAAUCUUCUUCUGGUAUGGAAUUCUCACCCUCGGGCGCUUUAUCGGGGCCUGGGCGGACUUGGGUUGGGCUUGGAACAAGAAGCCCCCGGCGUCAAUCGUCGGCUGGAAGGCCAAAGUUCCUUCAGGCGAGUUCGUGGAGUCAUUCGUCAUCUGGUUGUAUGGUAUCACCAAUGUCUUCCUGGAGCACCUGUCAAACGCUGGCGAUGCAUGGUCUGCGACUGAUAUGGAGCACGCCUCCAUCUCCAUCAUGUUCUUUGGUGGUGGUUUGGUCGGCAUGCUUUUCGAAUCCCAGCGCAUUCGCGACGCGCUCAACAGCACUCUCCUCCGGUCCCCUCCUCAUGGCUCUCGCGACGAAAACUGGCAGCCUCCCGAGUCACAAGGUGUGCCCCUCAACCCGAUGCCGGCACUGAUCAUCCUGCUUCUGGGCAUGAUGAUGGGAUCGCACCACCAGGACAGCAUGACAUCGACCAUGGUGCACAAGCAGUGGGGCAACAUGCUGGUCGGCUUCGCGCUCGCUCGUGGAAUGACCUACGUCCUCCUCUUCCUGCGCCCGCCAACCUCUUACCUCCCCGCUCGGCCUCCCACGGAGAUCGUUUCUGGCUUCUGUCUCAUCGCCGGUGGACUCAUCUUCAUGCUGAGUACCCGCAACGUGAUCCAAGCCAUGGAGUUUUACAACCUGGAUGCCAUGUUCACCUUUACCGUCGGCAUGGGCUUCACAGCCUUCAUCAUGUCCCUGGUGAUCCUGAACAUCGCGCUCAAGGCGUGGGCGGUGAAGCGCGACCAGCGCCCGCAGUUGAACGGAAGUUUCCGCUUCCCAUGA